CCUCUCUCCCCCCCUCCCGCCUGGGUCCCCCCAGUCCCGGGGGGAGCGGUGGGGGGGGGGGCGGGGCGGUCCGGACGCCUCGGUCCUCCCGGUGCCGUCAGCGGAUCGGACUCCGCCGGCCCCGGGGGAGGGACGGUUCAUCACGGACGGGGAAUGCGCCCCCCCCACCCCCGCCGGGACUGCGGCCGGGGGACCCAGGCGUCCUGGCCCCACUGCCCCGCGGGGACCCGGCUCGGGGGGGGGGUGGUCUCUGUCCCACGCCCUCGGAAGGGGCAGCUCUGGGUCGAUGCGGGGGACGCAGGCGUCCGGGGCCACCCGUCCCUCCCACCCCGGCAGGAGCUGCCGUUUCCAUUUAUAGCAGCCGUUGCAGCUCUGACGUCACCCUGCCCCGUGUGACAUCACCGCGAGCCCCAGGCUCUGACUGCACCCAGCUGUGCCUAGGGCCACCGCUGUGCCCGGCUCUGACAUCAUCGUGUAACCCUGGCUCUGAACUCAUCCGUGGGGCCCGCUCUGACGUCAUGGGGAACCCCUUCGAGCCCCGCCCCCCGCUGCUAACCACCUCCCGGGCCCCGCCCCCAGGCGAGGGGCGCACGGGGAUUGGCUCUGCCGCAGGCCCCGCCUCGCGACCCGGAAACGCUGGCCGGCGGGUCGGCGGCACAUGGCGGCGCCCGGCGGCGCGACCACGGGGGGGGGUCCCGGUGUCCGGCCGUGACUUCUGACCUCUGUCCCGCCCGCCCCGACCCCGCGCUGAGCCCGCGGCGCCAUGAGGCUGCCCUGGGCCCGCGUGCUGCCCCGGGGGCUCUGGGGGGGCUGGGGAGCCCCGCAGGUUGCUCGGAGCAUGUGCCAGCAUGGCCGUCCGGAGGGGGACCCGGCAGGGCAGGCCUCGGGGGACGCCUCGCAGAAGGCCUCAGGGGCCCCGGCGUGGCGCAGAACCCCCCGUGGGGCGCAGGGCGAGGGCCGGGGCCCUGCAGCCUUCGCAGCAGCGCUGGCGGCGCUGGAGCAGGCACCGGGGCGGCGCGUGGGGCGGCUGGAGCUGGUGGCGGCGGCGCUGGCGGCGAUGCCGGUGCUGGGGGUGGCGCGGGACCGGGAGGCCUACCACCGCCUGCUGCGCCUGCUGCCCCGGGGGGUCUGGGUGCCCCGCGGGCCCUUCCAGCGCCUGCUGGCCCCCUUCCCCCGACAGCAGGAAUGCGGCCUCCAGAUCCUGGAGCAGAUGGAGCGAUAUGGCGUGAUACCGGACGCGGAGACACGGUUUCUGCUCCUGGGGGUCUUCGGGCCCCGCAGCCGCCCUGUGCGCAAGUGUCAGCGGAUGCUGUACUGGCUGCCAAGGCUGCGCCAUGUGGACCCCCACCCCCUGCCCCCCAGCCUGCCCCCCUCCGGCCUGGCCACCGCCCACCUGGGCCUGCGCCGUAUCGCCAACGAUCCCGACGCCCGCAUCACUGUCUAUCAGCGGCCAGUGCCGGAUGAGGGGGAUGACGAGGGCUCCAUCCAGCCCUACAUCGUCGGUGCCCAGAGUCCAGACCAGCAGGUGCUGCUGGCCCGGCACGGUCCGGCACGGCCUGUCUUCGUGGAGGGGCCGUUCCCCCUCUGGCUGCGCAGCACCCGCCUGAGCUACUACGUGCUGCGGGGGGACCCCCUGCCCCCCCACCUGCGGGAGGACCCCCCAGACCCAGAGCGCAGCCUGUACUACCCCCUGCACCUUGACCUGGACCUGGAGCGCGGCCCCUGGGACGACGACGACUUCGAUGUGGAGGAGGUGGAGGAAGGCCCCGUCUUUGCACUGUGCAUGGCGGGGGUGGGCGACCGGCACACGCUGGGCAAGUGGAUUGCAGGGCUGCAGGAGGCGAACCCCGUCCUGGGGCACACCCCGGUCGUCUUCCGCCUGGGGGACGGGGAACCCCCAGCUGGUGCCCCUGGAGGUCACCCUGUGCCCUGUCUGGAGGCAGUGCCUCCCCAGCCCGUGGUGCUGGGGCCCCCCGACCCGCCGCGGGGGCACGGGCACAGCACCAGGGGUGAUACCAGGAGCGGUGGGGGGCCGGGUGCUCCCCCCGCAGCCCCGGGGGAAUAAAGGAAGUAUCGCCGA